AUGAUUGGCCUGAAGUCAGGUUUUCCACGGGCUCUUUGCAGCGUUCUGUUGGUGGCCAGUCAGCUUCCAAGAGGAUUGAUUGGGCUUGGCGAAGAUGCAUUCCCUCUAAAUCACAUCGAGCGCACAUUGUCAGGCGACUCAAGCAGAAUCUCAAGCUUGCAUUCUAACAACCUUGAUAUUCCAAAGCUAGCUCAUGAUUUCGACGACGAGGGCCAAUCUGGUGCUCCCAAAGAGGAGAUUCCGGAAGAGAUGCUGCAACCCGAUGAUUGUCUGUCUCCGCAAAACCACUCUCGAGGCCAAGGGAAAGACAAUAUUUCUUGUCCAAAAAACGCACAGCCUACAAGGCUCAUGGAAAAUCAACGCGAUGUUGACAUAAGAAAAUUAGGCCUCGACGUCCCCAUAUCAGCUGAUAUAAAAAAACAGGAAGCAGAUUCAAUGGGUGCCACGGCUUCUGCGCCCGACCUGAAAAGCGGAAAAGCUUGGGCAAGCAAACAGGGCGCUGGCGAAGUCCUUCCAAGCCCUGAAUCUUCUAGUUCGUCAGAUGGAGAACCUGUUGGUAGCAGUCACAGCAGCCAAAAUACUCGGAAUGAAGAUGUUCAGCUUGGCGGAGAUCAACUGCAGCAUCAUGUCGCAUCGAGUGGAUGCCCCGUUGGCCAGGGCGUUGCAGGUCACUCCACCCCCAAGAAUCUACUCACCCCCAUCUUAGACCAACCUGUCCCAAGAUCACACAGCCAGCUAAGCCCAGAUGCGCAGGCAUACCAUUCUGAUCUUAAUCUUCAAAAUCAUCAAUUAAGUUAUCAUCCUAUAGUUACCGAUCAAUCACCUGUGCAAUGGCAAUUAUUUUGGAUUGACCGUGUAGUACCUACCACAAUCUAUCAAGUGCAUCGAAGCUUAGGGUAUCUGCCUGUGCGGCAAGAUGGAGCUGUUCUCUCAGCCAUCCCAUCCAUCCAUGAGUCGUAUGCUCAUGUCCCAUCAUCGCACUCGGUACACCAAAGAUAUGUUGGGGAAAGCUCUACAAACACUCCACAAGCUAGUAGUCAAACUAGAAACUCAUCUGAUUUUGGGAGUUUUAGAAGUAAUAAACCACCAAAGCGCUUUGUACCACCCAGAAUGUGGCGGAAAAAUAAAAAAGCGAGGCAACAGAGCUCGACACCCUAUUUUAAAAUUAAAAAUCAAACUCACUCAGUUGUGAACCGCAACAAGAAAUUGGAAGAUGGUAACUUCACAUUGAAGUCUUGGCGGCCUGAAAGCGUCUGCACUCCGAAUGAACCCAAUCAAGCUCCUAGCGCUUCUCAAAAAGUAGAAAACUGCCAGCUGGAUGAUUCGACUCUCAAGUCGCAGCAGGAUUUGAUUUCAAGUAUGAAGGAGCCUUUCUGUCGGGAUUUUGAUGAAAUUGUUCCGACAAAUCCAGCUGAAGACGCAGAAACAUACUUUUUGACAGAUGGGCUUGAUACUUCUUCCCCGGCUACUCCCAGACCAAACCUUGAUUCCAAAAAACAUGAAGAACACUUUGAUCAGGCAAGUCAAGUCCAACCAAAAAGCCCCCAAUAUGUUGACACCAAGCAUGAAGGCUUCGCCAAUCAGACUCCCGGAAAUAUGAAGGAAGAAAUAGAACCUGAGCCUUCUGCUCCAGUAUCAGAAGUACGAAGUAGUGCAAUCAAAGACCCCAAACAUUCCAGUCAUGGGACUCAAGUUCGAGAAAUCACUCCAUCUCUACAAAAGACGAGAUCGAUAUGGGUAAAAAAGGCUCGUCAAAAUCCAAAUGAGAAUUGGAAGUGGUCAAAAAAGGUCCAGGUGUCCACGGGAUUGCCAAAAACCCAGGAAUCUGCUUUAGAUCUACAUAUUUCAAAGGGAACAGGAUCUACACCCUCAGGAAAAGUUGCUUGGAAUUCAGUGCCAGAUGAUGAAGGCAAUCGCGAUAGCAUUGAAAGCAUGAGAGAAGAUGAGGAUCAAAAACAGGCUCAAAUGACAGAUCAGCAGUCUAAACAAGAUCAAAUGAAGCCCUACCAGAAGCCCCAGACUCAAAUUGAAAUCAGCCAUAAUGGAGAAAAUCUCGAAAACCAAGUUGUAGUUCCAAACGAGAAUGUGAAAGCUACUGAAGAAAGUAUCAUUGCUACUGGUGGGACACUGCCAAAUCACGAGAAAGAAGAGCCCAAUCAUGAUGAUUCUUCCCUUCUAAAGCCAAAUAAGUUUGCAGCUCUGAAUGAAAUAGUGCCUGACCAGGGCAACGAGGAGCAGCCAAGGGAGGUUGGGAAACAGCUCCCACAGGAGCUCCUGUGA